AUGACAAAUACUUCUUCCAAUUCUGGCUCCUCUCGGAGAGCUAAUGCCCUAAAUAGUGCAACUGCAGCACAUUUAGCAAUAUUGUCUACUUCACCUUAUUCACCACCAACUAACAUGUCUGGUUCACAUUAUUCAGCAAUGUUGUCCGCUCAAUCUAGCCAACCUCGUACAACUCUUUCGUGGUCGAAUGCUUACCCAAACAGCACCUCGACAUCAUACGCUUCCGGUUCUUCGACACGUACAACAUAUUACAACCAUCCUCUUACUUCGUCAUCGUCUCCGUUGAACAGACCUGCGUCAAUUCCACAAACAAAAUCGAAUCCUCCAGUGACUAAACUCCCAGAUUAUCUUUCCAAUACAAAUUAUGCAGAAUUGUAUUACAAGGCGCAUGAGAAGGAUGGGAACGAUGUUGAUAAAGAUCUACUCGAAAACGUUGCUUUGCCAACGGAAUGGAACGUUGAUGAUAAAUGUUCUCAUUUGAGCGUAGAUUCCGACAGACUUAAAGUAAAUUAUAUAGGUUCGGGCAAGAAUGAUGCGGAUGCAGCAGCUAUUCGUGCUAAUCAUUCAAUGCCCCCACAAUGUGGAUUAUUCUAUUUCGAAAUUGACAUUAUAAGUAAAGGAAAAGAUGGAUAUAUUGGUAUUGGAUUUUGCGCAAAGCAAGUUCAUUUAAAUAGAUUACCUGGCUGGGAAAAUGACUCCUGGGGUUAUCACGGAGAUGAUGGACAUUCAUUCUGUUGUUCAGGAUCCGGUAAACCAUAUGGACCAGGAUUCACGACAGGAGAUACCAUAGGAUGUUGUUUAAAUUUUAGAGAUGGUACAGCAUUUUAUACUAAGAACGGAAAACAUUUGGGUAUAGCGUUCCGAGAUUUGAAAGGAAUUCUUUAUCCUUCCAUUGGAUUAAGAACUCAGGGUGAAUCUAUUGAAGCUAAUUUUGGACAUAGGAAAUUUAAAUUUGCGAUUGAACAUUAUAUGAAAGAAGAAAAGACGCGUUUGUGGAACGAAAUCAAUUCUAUACCUAUGGAUUUAAUAUCAUCUCCUUUAACUACUGCACCAAUUUCGCAAGCUGCGUCGGAAGCAAAUCUCACUUCAGCUGUUCAUCAUCUUAUCUUAUCUUAUUUGGUUCAUCAUGGAUAUAGUGAUACUGCUAAGACUUUUUCAAGGAAUACUGUACAAUUACCUCAAAUUGAUAACAGUGAAAUGGAAGGGGUCGAAAGUGAAAAUCCAUUACUGGAUAAAGAUAAAGAUAUGAUAAAUCGACAAAGAAUUCGUGACGCGGUACUUGCCGGAGAUAUCGAUCAUGCUAUCAAAUUGACAAAUACUUUUUAUCCUUCUGAUGCCAUGGAUGUAGAUGAAUUUGCAGCCUCAACGAGUGAUGAUUCUAUUGAUGAUCUAUUUGGUGUAUCAUCUGUUAAAAAGAAAACAUCUAAGCGACAAAAAAAUGUUUGGUCUGGAUUACAUGGAUUAGAUGGAAUUAUGGCAGAAGCUUUGAAAUUUGGUUAUAAAUUGCAAGAUGAUUAUCGUGACGAUUACCGUGAUGAAAUAAAGAACACAUUAAAGGACGCGUUUUCAUUAUUGGCAUACACUGACCCACGUAGGAGUUGUGUAUCACAUUUAUUAGAUCCAUCUGGACGUGAACCUGUUGCAAACUCUUUAAAUAGCGCUAUUUUGGUUUCACAAGGUAAACCUGCGAUACCACCACUAGAGAAAGCUUAUCGCCAGGCUUCAGUGGUUCUCCGUGAACUAUCUAGAAAUAGUGUUGGUUCCAGUGCCUUUGUUAAUGUGCGACAAGAUUGCUUAGUUUAA